AUGUCCAGCAACAAACCGCGCAAGGAGCGGGCCUCCGUGGUGCUGGCCGCCGCCUGCCGCUCGCAGCCCGCGGCCAGGCCACCACUGCAGCCCAAACCCGUCAAUAUCUCGCAACUUGUGCGCUCCCCCGCGACGCGUCGCGUCGCGGCCAAAUCCUCGCCCUUGAGCAGCGGCCGCACGCGGCCGCUCUCGAAACUGCUCACAAACAGCGGGCCGCUGCCCGUGGGCGCGCCUCAGGCUGCUCGACACGCGCCCGAUACCACUGCGAACGCCGCACGCGCCCGAAUGGGCGCGCGCGACUCCAGCUCGCUGCUGUUCCGCGUUUCGCGCGCCGUAAGCGCCGUCGACACCCAUUGGCGACUGCAGCGGCACGCCCGCGGCACCACGCGCUUCGACCAGGUCCUGGCCGUCCGCCACAUGUGCGUGCUCUCGCCGUCCGAGCUGCUUGUCGUUGGCCACGACCGCAACUGUCGAGAAACGGUGGUCAUCCUGCACGGCGACGCGGCGACCGCGUCGCGCUCCCCCGCGCCGCCGCCGCCGUACGUUCUGCUCGAGUCCCGCUCCAGCUUGCCGCUGUACCACGGGCGACGGUGGCACUUCAAGUGGAGGUUUGUGGCGCGGAUAUAA